CUCGCUUAUAAAUUCAGUAAGCGACUAGCUCAACACCAUCACUUCUUCAUCACCCCAUCCACCACCAACUGAGCAUUGCAACAUCUAUCCCACUUCUUCAGAUUUCGAGCUGAAAACACAAAGUCCAAGAAACCAACCAUGGCCGGUGCCAAGAGACUUGCUCAACUGGCAAAGAAGUGGCAAAGGGUGGAAGCACUCGGGAGGAAGAGGCUCACUGUGUCAGCCAAAGAAGAUCAAGGCUGCUGCAGUUCUGUACCAGCCAAGGGCCACUGUGUCAUGUACACGGCCGACGGGAGGCGUUUCGAGGUGCCCUUGGUGUACCUCAGCACCACGGUCUUCGGCGAGCUCCUGAGGAUGUCUCAGGAGGAGUUUGGCUUUGCAAACGAAGGCAAGAUCACACUGCCUUGUGAUGCCGCAGUGAUGGAGUAUGUCAUGUGCUUGCUGAGGAGAAGCGCCUCCGCCGAGGUCGAGAGUGCAUUGCUCAGCUCUAUGGUGACGCCCUGCCACUACACUGGCUGCGUCAUUGAAGCAACAAUCUGAUCUAUGGUGACGUCUUGCCACUACACUGGCUGUGGGAUGCCUAAUGUCAGAGCCAGCCAACAGAUUUGCUGUCUGUAGCUUCUCAAGAACAUGCAUGCAGAGGCCCUGAUGAUGUCCUCUGUUUUGAGUACUUUGCCUGGGUAGUGUAAGAUAGUUAGACAGUAGAUAAUAGGGGCAGCAAAAUUGUAUGUACAGCAAUCUGAUCAUCAAUGCAACAAAGCAGCAUUAUGGCCACCAGCAGUAUGCAUUCUUCUCUUAAUUACAUUUCCGUUUCGU